AUGGUUGUUACCAACUUCAUAAGGAAAUAUGCGGAGAAAUGCAUUUCCACCAAGACCAUCCUUGUGUUCCCUAACCAGAAGCCUUGGGUGAACCAGAAGGUUCAACAUCUACUAAGGACCAGAUUCCAGACAUUCAGGUCAGGCAAUACAGGAUCAAAUAGGAGGUCCAGGUAUGACCUUAAUAAGGUUAUCAGAAAAGCAAAGAAGCACUUUCAUUCCAAACUGGAGGAUGAGAAGGAUGUUCAGCAGUUGUGGCAGCGUUUUCACACCAAGUUCCAAGUCCAAGUUCACAUCACUUCCAAGUCGCAGCUAGUGCAUCAGUGUGGCAUCACUCCUGGACCAGCUCGAUCAGUGAUCGGAGCUCUGCAUUCAUUGAACUGCUCCAUCUAUCACCUCCAUACCCAACGAGAUGGAGAGAACAAAACUGUUUCAAAGCUUUUGCUUGGCACAAGACCACCAACGACACUGGGGACUAUAUCUACUGAGCUCCAGAAGGUUUUGAUAAACAUUGAUGAAAUUUGUCACUUGGAAACCAAAGACAUCAAUGAGUGUGAGCAUGAGGAGCUAAACUCCUGUUCGCUGAGAGCGACCUGCUCCAACACGGACGGGUCUCACAUGUGCAAAUGUCAGAAUGGCUUCACCGACAAAGAUCCUUCUAGACGAGGCAGAGACUGUCGAGAAGUGGCCACGGCGAUUGAGACCAUGUCAAGCGCCCCAGUGCCGAGCGUCAUGGAUCCAGAAAGAUCACCACCCAACACCCCAUCAACUGAAUCGCCCUUGUGUUCUCCUCUUCCAGUUACGAACGUGAUGAUUGUCAAUGUCACCAGCAUCAGUUUCCAGGUCUCUUGGACACGAGAUAUGAGCAAGGAUCAAACAGUCACAGUGCAGGUGCUGAAAGGGGAUAUCAUGGUGAAUGAAAUGAAGACUCAGGAGAUGAACUGGACAGUCAUGGGUUUGGAGCCCGCAGUCCUGUACACUGUGGAAGUCCAUUGGCAAUCUUGUGGAAACUACUUUACCAAAGAGCUAAAAGUAAAAACAGCUGCUCUCUUGUUGAACGGGCGGGUGAGGAUCCAGAACUACAAUUUCACGGAAACUCUCGGCAACACCAGCAGCGGCCAAUUUAGGCAAUUCCUGCAACUCUGGCAUCAAGAGAUUGAAAGAUCUCUUCCACCAACAAUUCACCGAUGGCACCAAAAUGGGAAAAUCCUUGUCCGCAUUAAAUCUCUCAGUGCCGGGAGCAUUUUGGUGGAUUUAGAACUUGUUUUCCACCCAGAAAUUGAGUUUGAUAUCUGGAAUGCAUCCUCUGCUUUGAUCUCCUCCCUUUACAACAGCUCUGUGUUUGAAUUCCACCACAACAGUACCUCAAUUUCAGAUGUUAAUGAAUGCACCUCUCCUAUUUACCAUGACUGUUCACCACACGCCAUGUGCAAAAACACUGAGGGCUCCUACACGUGUACCUGCAGUGAAAGUUACCGAGACGUAAACCCAGCCUGGCCUGGUCGAUUGUGUGAAGCUCCUUCUCCAGUUACUAACGUGACUGUCUCUGAGGUCACUGGCACCAGUUUCUUGGUGACUUGGACUACGGAGGUUGACUACAAGGAGGCCUUUAUUUUGCAAGUCUUGAAGAAUGAUAGUGUUGUGAACGAAACGGAGACCACGGAGACGGAAUGGAACGUGUCAGGAUUGCAGCCAGGGACCGAGUACACUUUGACCAUCGUCUGCAGAAUCUGUGGAGAAGACGGAGCUGCCCAAAAGAUGAGCGUGAAAACAGAUCCUACCCCAGUGAUAAACUUGACUGUCUCCAAUGUGACGACUGCCGGCUUCCACCUGACUUGGACAACGGACACGUUUGAAGAUCAGAUGUUUAAUGUGCAGGUGUUGAAGACCGACAGCAUUGUGAAGGAAGUGGAGACAAUGGAACUGGAAUGGACGGUGUUGGGUUUGGAGCCUGAGACCGAGUACACUGUCAGUGUGGUCUCCAGAGCCUGUGAAGAGGAGAGUGCGGCCACAGAAAUGAGUGUCAAGACAGCCACUCCAUCGCCAAUUAUAAACUUGACGGUUUUCAAUAUCACCACCAAGAGUUUUCACAUAACCUGGACAACAGACAACUACGAAGAGCAAACGUUUAAUGUCCAGUUGUUGAAGGAUGGCAGUGUUGUGAAGGAAACCGAAACCCUGGAACUGGCUUUGACUGUGUCAGGAUUGGAGUCAGGGACUGAAUACACUGUGAGUGUCGCCUCAAGAUCUUGUGAACAAGAGGGUGUUGCCACUGAGCUGAACAUAAAAACAGCAGAAACCACAAACAUCAGAGCCAAACGGUCUGCCAUGGACUUUGUCUCUACAUUGACUGUCUACUUGAAUAGACCAGGAUUCACGACGGAUUUUCCAUUUGCAGACGUGCCUUUAUGCUCUCCAUCCUCAGUCACCAACUUGGCUGUAUCCAGGAUUACCAGCGAAGGCUUUCAAUUAACUUGGACAAUAGAUACAAAUGAAGAGCAGACCUAUGUUGUGCAGGUGUGGAAGGAUAAUAUUGUUGUGAGUGAGACAGCGACUCAGGAGAUGGAGUGGAUCGUGUCAGGACUGGAACCGGGAACUGCAUACACUGUAACCAUGGUGUCCAGGGCGUGCCAGCAAGAGAGCACCGCUGUGGAUCUGAAUGUGAGAACAGCUCUUAGCCCAAUCAUGUCUGCGACAGGAAUAUCCAUAUCUGAUGCCCUAGAUUUGUUCUCGCCCAACUCUGCACAAGCAUUCACUUCAUCUUCCGUAGAAAUAUCCAUGGCUUGUGUUCCUCCACUGAUCCGAAGCCUCACAGCCUUUAAUGUCACGAGCAACAGUCUGAAGGUGAUUUGGGAAACUGACGAUGCGAUCAACCAAGAAUUUCUUGUGCAACUUUGGAAGGAUGAUCGUAUAGUGGCUGAUGCAAAGACCAAGGAGCAAAACUGGACCAUGUCAAACUUGGAGGCAGGAGUGUUGUACACCGUGAGAGUUGUCUCUUGGCUCUGUGGGACAGAGGGCAAAGCCAAACUCCAAGAAAUAAAAACAGCUGCACGUAUCAUGGAGGGGAGAGCAAGGAUAACAAACCUCAUGUUCAACGAAGGGCUGAGAGACAGAAGCAGUGAUCAGUUCAAGAACUUUACAGAUCAAUUCAUUGCACAGGUCUUUAAACAUUUACCCAAGUACACCGCCAACCUUUUAGCUUCGGGGAAAUUCAAGAUUUUGGUUAAAUCGCUCCGAGAAGGAAGUGUGAAGGUGGACUUUCAAGUGAUCUUUAACGAAGAGCUGGCGGCCAAUGUUUCCAAAAUUAUACGGGACAUUGUGACUUCUUUAGGGGAUGGCUCCGUUUUUACCUUUGAUCCUGACAGCACAGGCAUUUCAGAUUACAAUGAGUGUGCCUCGCUUGAAGACAAUGACUGCUCAUUCAACGCCAAGUGUAUCAACACAGAGGGCUCCUACACCUGUACUUGCUCCGACAGUUUUGUGGAUGCCAACCCUGUUCAACCUGGUAGAAACUGCAGAGAACCCACGGUGGCCAGCCUGAUCACAACUGCAGCAGUCUCUGAAUCAAUCCUCGUCAACUGUAAACUCCAUGAGAUCUCCGUCAUAAUGGAGCGAUCGUUUCUGGAGGCGAGGCACAUCCCAGCAUCUUCGCUCUACCUGGGGAGCUCGCACUGCAAUGGGAGCUUUGGAAACUCGACCCAUGUUGCCUUGAAGGUCGGGUGGACAGAGUGCGGAACUCAAAUUUCAAACAAUGACACACACACAGUGGUGAAAACAACACUACGGAGCGUUGCUUCAUCGAGCGCAGUCUCUGCUGAUGGGAACCUUGAGGUCCCUGUAAAUUGCACGUUUGACAACAGCCUCUUGCUCCCUGAUGGCUACACUCCAAAUGGGAGGAAUAGAAUGAGCCUGGAAGGAAUUGGAAACUACAUGGCCAGCAUUGAAACCUUCAACGGCAACCAAACACUAUUGGAAGACCCACUUCUGGACCCUGAAGAUGAAGUGUCCAUACAAGUAUCCAUCGAUACACUGGACCACAGAGUCAAGUUGAUUCUUAUGGAGUGCUGGGCAACACCAAGCAACAACACAACCAGGGACUCCUUGUACACUAUCAUCAAAACUGGAUGUCCAGUUCCUGGAUCAUCGAUAAAAAUGUCUGAAAACGGAAACUCCACAAGUGCAAAUUUUACGCUGAAAGUGUUUUCGUUCAUUAGCAUGCCUUUUGUCUAUAUACACUGCCAAACCCGAGUCUGUUUGGAAGUCAAUGGAUCGUCGUGCCAGCCGUCGUGCAGUGGCUCACAUUUGACCAAGACCGCUGAAGUCAUUGCAGAGAGGACUGUGUCACUUGGACCCCUGUAUCGUAAAUAUAGCAAUGAAGUUGAACUCGUGGUGGAGAUGGAUGAAAAUAUCUCGGCACUGAAGGCCGUGCUGGGCCUUGGUGUUCUCCUCUGCCUAACGCUCGUGGUGAUAUCUGCAGUAAUGAUGACCGUAUACACACGGUGGGGCCGCAGCUUCACUGCCCAGCCCACUGGGCCCAACUACCAGGCCUUCGACAACUACUGACAAUGCAGGAAGAGUAACCUGGAAUGUUGGUGAUGGCUGCCAUAACCAGGGACUGCUGUAGAUAACUCAAUCACUUUUGCAAUAAUCUGUCUCUUUCAAAGUGGUUGUGGCAAAAGGGCUUGGACCAUCCCUACCUCACUCCAUCACUAGUGCUUUAUCAGGUCCCUGUACUCCUGCAAUCCCAACUCUGACUUCAGCCCCAAUUUUGCUUUCCAUGCUUCAUGACUGAUAGUCAUUCCUUCACUUUUCCAAGUAGUUGAAGGUUCCUCGUCCACAUAGAAGAAUAGCAGGAGUAGGCUCUCUGGACCUUUGUAGUUGCUCUACCAUUCAAUACUAUCAUGGCCCAUCCUUUACCUCAGUAAACAUGUACAGCUCUUUCCUUUUUUUGCCUUGUUUUUAAAGCAUUUGACCUAGCUUUCUGAUUCCUGUCCUAAAUA